AAGUCUCUUUACCAACUUCCUCAGUUGCUGGAGCUGAAGCUGUGCUUCCGCCCGGCAUUGCUGCUGAUCGCUCUAAGUGGCUUUUGCCGGCGCUGCAGUGUGCACGUUGAAAACGCGCCUUGUUGGCUUGCCCGCAUGUCUUUGCCGAGCUCGGCGGUGAAAUUCCACAGAAUCCUUGCUCAGUUUCCUCAAGAGCUCAGCUUCGCCUUUGCUUAUGGCUCCGGAGUCUUCCAGCAAGCGGGGGCCUCUGCAGGGGAAAGCGAGAACAAUAUGUUGGACUUUGUGUUUGCUGUGGAUGAUUCCAUAUCAUGGCACAAGAGGAACCUGUCAAAGAAUCGCGGCCAUUAUUCCUUUUUAAAAUAUUUUGGAGCCAAGCGAAUCAAUAACGUCCAAAACUAUGGAGCAGGGAUUUACUACAAUACAUUAGUGCCUUCUAAUGGCAGGGUUAUAAAAUAUGGUGUUAUUAGUACUGAUAUGCUGAUUGAAGAUUUACUUCGCUGGAAGACUCUCUAUGUAGCUGGACGUCUGCAUAAGCCGGUAAAGAUCCUUGCCCAGAAUGAGAAUGGCAAACUCCAGGCUGCUCUUUCCAGCAACUUGAAGAGUGCAGUCACAGCAGCUUUCCUUAUGUUGCCUGAAAGUUUCUCUGAAGAGGAUCUUUAUGUGCAGAUUGCUGGGCUCUCUUACUCUGGUGAUUUCAGAAUGAUGAUUGGGGAAGACAAGUCAAAGGUUAUGAACAUAGUGAAGCCAAACAUGUUGCAUUUUCAGAAGCUUUACAGCAACAUUUUGCAAGAUUGCCCACAAGUGGUAUACAAACACCAGCUGGGCAUAUUAGAGAUCGAUAAGAGCCCAGAAGGUCAGUUUGCACAACUAAUGGCUCUGCCGAGGACCCUGCAGCAACAAAUAACUUCUCUCAUGGAUCCUCCAGGAAAGAACAGAGAUGUCGAAGAAAUUUUAUUGCAAGUCGCCCAUGACCCUGACUGUGGAUUGGUAGUACACCAGGGCAUUUCAGGAAUUGUGAGAUCCUCCAGUCUUAUUCAGAGCGCUAAAACCACCCUAACAGCUGGAUUUAAAAAAUCCAUGAUCUACAGCAUGAAGAAGAUGUACAAAAUGUCAAAAGGAUUGCUACGGAAGUCAUGAUAUCUGUUCUUGGAUUUUUUGGGAAAUCAGCCUGCUCUCUUACUGCUAAAUGUGUAAAUUGCUUUGGAAAACUGAAUAUGCAGAAAUAUCUCUACUACAUAUAUGCGGGCAGUUUUGUACAGAAGACAAAACACAGAUUUUCAUUUUUCUUUUCUUGAAGAUUAUUGGGAGGGUGUAUUCUUCUGUUCUUUUUCUACAGAAAACCCUGGGUGAAUUUGUAUUUUUAACUCCUUCAAAAUAUUUUCCUUUACAGAUCUUAGGUUGGGAGCCUUAUUUUGUCAUUGUUUUUAUGUUCUUGAGUUUUAUACUUCAUUUGAUUUUGCAGGUUUUCUGUAUUGGACAGAAUGUCCCCCCCCCCUCCUCUUUGCACUCUUGCUGACAUAUAGAGUUACAUGUUGAGUAACUUUGGAAAAGGUUAGUCAAUCAUUUUUAAGGCAUAGUUGACAGCAGCAUAAUUCAAAGGCAAAUACUGAUGAAGAGUUCAUAAUUCAAAAUAAGGUCAGGUUAUUGGACCCAGAAGCUCAAACUAAUGUGUUGGGAUAUCAUUGAAGAGUUCUGCAUUGCUGACAGUUCACAGAGUAAGUUUUUGUAUCGGCUUGUCAUUAAAAUCAGGAAACAGUU